GGAUUAAGCAGUCCCCUCUCUCCUCCAUCACCAUGGCAGCACUAAUUGAAGCAGAAUCAACGAUGGAGGAUCUCGAGCGCUCGGAAUGUGGGAUCGUUGAAAUAGCGACUACUCUUCCUGACGGUAUCGGUCCCUCAAAGUCUUCGUUUUCCUCAAACUCGUCGCGGUCCCCUCUCACGCCUUCACCGCUUCCUCCGCCUCCUACGGCCAAGAUCUACCCCGAAGGACAUAUGCAACUGACAGAGAUGGGCACUGCAGACGACGGCAUCGUUUUCGACGCAGGGGAGGUAGCUGCCAAGAAUCAUGGCUCGCUUCACGUCGAGGCUGCUCCCGAACACUGCUUGUCCGACUCUCCCACUGAGGUCGUGCCUACCAUGAUGGAGCCGACAGCAGUCAAGGAAAAUUUCUCGAUUGCACCUUCGAGUACGAGGGCAACCAUACCCACUUCUGAAGAAGUCUCCACAGAAGUGUUUGAGCCUGCACUUUCUCAGCCGUUCACCCGAGAGACACCUCCCGCACCCGCAAAUGACGUCAAGUUGGUCCCUUCCGUCGGCGCGGAGUUGAUGCAGGCAGGAAAUGCUCAGCAUUAUCGCACGGUGAUCACGGACGAUGUUGACUCCAUUCAAGGAAGCGUCGACGAGGGUAGGGCUCGUCCUGAGCGCCCGCCACGUCCACAACGUCCAAAAUCCCGGCGAACUCUAUGGACGAUGCUGCGAAGCAGCUCUUCGACCAGCGAUAUCAAGGUGUCUGCGCAGGCUGAUGGGGAGCAAUCCGAAGAAAAGCCCGAUCGCCAAGCAAAGGGCAAAGAACGAGCUCUUCCUCCUCUUGGUCCUCCUCCUACGGCAAUAACACAAAAUCGAGGGGCCCAUCGACGCGCAACGACGCACGACGAGAAUAUGCUGCACUGCGUCAUGAAGGGUGCGGAAGAAACUCAGUCAUCUGCUCAUCAGGCUGCCACUGCCGCCACCACUGAUGGACCUCCGCCUCCAACACCGUCUACGAAGCCAAAUCGCCAAUCUGUACCACCGCCACCACGUCGAAAAGCGAGCAUGUGGGACAUAGCGCUGUCCGCAGCUACCCGUCUCUCGUCGUCCUCUUCUGCGUCGCAGCAGCAGAAGGAUGAAUCGAUUUCGUACCUAGUGGGUGAUGAAGGAAAGCUUGCGAGCGAGGCACUCCGCUUUGCGCACGCUCGACAUGUUCUGCGCACCGAAAAGGACGUCGAGGUUGUCCGCUGUCUCGCCCUGGAUCUCGAUGAAGGCUGGCGCGAAAAGUUGAAGGAGGUCUCAGAAAUGCGCCAACGUCUCUCGACUUCGCAACAGAAGCACCAUGAUGUGCUCGACGAGAACAAGCAGCUUCGUGUGCAGAUCGGCCAGCUUUCAGAGUCACUCGUCACCAAAGAGGUCGACUUUGAGACGUUACAACGCCAUACGCUCGAUUCUGCCCGAACUGAACGGGACGAGAUCGUCCAGAAGCACAGAGAGGAAAUGGAAGCGACGACGGAAGAGAAGAGACAGCUGGAGAGGAUGUGGGGACUGGAGCGGGCGCUCAACAGCCAGCUUAGAGUGGUACUUGGUAGGCUCCUGGAAGAACGACAUUGGAAGGAGCAGCAUUUGCGCAAACAGGACCCGUCCUCCGAGUGCAAAGAUAGCCAAUCUUCUGCCUGCUCAGUGGAAGGCGACCUAAGCGCCACGACUAUUCAGGCCGCUCAGCAACAACACGCUCCAGCAGCGGAGGGGAAAGCAAAUGCUUACCCAGACGACGAAGAUGAGCUCGUCAAGAGGGAAGCAAAAGGCUGGAUCAAUCAACUUAACAGCAUCCCACUUCCUCCGGACUACCUCGAAGCACUUCAGCUUCCCGUCGCAUUCCUUUCGCCAAACCACAACGAGGGUGCCGGAGGUGAAAAGGAAGAGACUGCGAGGUCCCUUGCCAACGGGGCCUCUCUUCCUUCGUUGACAUUUGGUCAAAUUCGGCAGAGGCUCAAGGAAGAGAAGAGCGAGGCGGAUCGCUCCUACUUCGAGUCGGUGUCGCAGGAGAAAGAAGGGGAGGGAAAAGACGAAACGACCUGUUGAUUUUGGGGAUCAAGGGUUGACGGAUCAUCGGGAUAUGUAGUGCUCUGCUAGAUUCCCUUUGAGCCUCACAGGCCUGAGGCAGACACGAUGAUCAAAAGAAACAGCAUACAAAUGUCGAUAUGUCAAUAGGCGAGUACCGACUUUCACAGAUGGGGACUUAAACAACAGAAGACUGAGAAAGAGAAAAAAUUGUGUCUCUGAGUGUGUUACUUGGCGUGAAAAG